CCUCCCCGCACCGCCCCCUGCCCCCCUGCACACCCCAAACACACCCUACUACUUUGACCCCAUGGCCGACAUCGACAUGGCCAUCCCCCAGGGUGCCCCAGUCGACAACUUUGAAGAGCUCUUCAAUUUUGACGAGUUUGAGUCUGCCGGCGAGUCUUCUACCCACGGCAACUCUCCCUCGACUGCUUCUCCCAAUGCCACCCCCUCUCCCAUCUUUGGCCACGAGCCGCAGCUCCGCAAUGACGGUGGCAACAGCUACGGGUUCGACCAAGACCUCCUCGAUCCCGCUCUCGAUCCCGACUACCCUGUCGGCCUUUCACUAGGCGAGACCAAAGUCCAGCCACCGGCGGCGGCGCUCGACCUGGGUCUCGAUCAGGUCAAGCAAGAACCCCUUGACUUUUCCAUGCUUGAUAACGGACCAUCUCCCUCUACGUCAGCCCCACUUGCGCCUCUUACCACGCCCGUGGCUUUCCCCGGCUUUCCUGCCGACCAGCAAGCUGCGCUUCAGCAGUUGAUGGAGAGCAUGAUUGCGUACCAGAAGAGAUUCCCUGGUGCGGCGAGCGGGUCGAGCGAGACAUUGACGGUGGAGCCGUCGAUGCUCAAUGCGCCAUCACCCGCAUCCGACAGUCAGCUUGCGAGCCAGCCGGCUCAGCAGGUAGCAGUCGCUGGUCCGAGUUCUGCGCCUGCUACAGUGCAAACGUCUCCUGCGCCUACCUCUGCGCCAAGUUCCGCCCCGCUUCCCACCACUCAGAACCCUCCCCACUCCCCGCUUCGCUCCCUCUCACCUAUCCCCGAAUCUCGCAACGCCCGCGCAACAUCCACACAAUCCGCUUCCACCUCUUACGAAUCGCUCUCUAUCGAUUCGCGCAUUGACGCCCUUCCUCCUCUUUCUGCCAUCUUCUCCGCAGGAAAAGGCAAGGGCGGAAAGAAGGGCGGUGGUCUGUCGAGUGUCGUGAGAGAAGAUGGGGAGGAUAUGGAUGAUGAUGACAGCUGGAGGCCGAGUCCGGAAGAGUACAAAAAGUUGUCGAGUAAGGAGAAGAGGCAGUUGCGGAACAAGCUUAGUGCGAGAGCGUUUAGGACGAGGAGGAAGGAUUACAUUGGGACGUUGGAGGGGCAUAUCAAGGACAGGGAUAUGGUGAUUGAUGAUAUCAGGAGCGAGUUGACGACUGCCAAGAAUGAGAACCAGGACCUCAGGCGUGAAUUGGAAGCUCUCAAGGCCAGCACUAUGGCCAUCCUCCACCCCGAGACUGCCACUCCAGCUCCCGCUCCUCCACCUCUUGUCCGCCGCCCAACUUCCAACCAGAUCAACACUUACAACCCCCGCAAAGAUCUGCCUCCGUCCCUCAAGAAGGGCGGGUGGAACAACGACAAUAUGUUUGGCGGCGGCCCUACGGUCUGCCAUACCAUGUUUACCCCCGACUUGGUCUUGCCUCCAGCCGAGACAAGCACCAAUGUCAACAACCCGAAGAAGCUGAGGUCGUUUGCGGAUAUCCCGAGGACAAACAUGAACCCUCUCCUCAACUCGCCUCCUUCCUCUCCAAAGUUGCGCCCUCUCCCCGCGCACCAGACCCAAACGCCCUUCCCUCAACCUCUCUCCCACCCCGCUCCAUCUCUUCCCUCAUCCACAUCUACCUCGCUCCCCUUCCCCGACUGGGCCGACCAAACCCCAUACAACGCCCGCGUCACCGACCUUUACCGCAUGCAGCUCUGGAGCCGCCUCACUCGCGAAGCUGCUAUGGACAAACAAGGUCUCGACAAGGGUCUCCGACCCAAAUUCUGGGUCGAAGGGCCCAAAAAGGAGGCAAAGAAGGAAGAUGUGGAAAAGGUUGCUAUGGCGGCGCAGAACCAUAUCACGUCGAAACUUGCUACCAGCUUCUGGUCGGCCUUUUCUUCUGGGCCGUUAGGAGGGUUGGAUAGUGACAAGUUGUCGGCUGUGGUGACUGGUGAAGCUAGACUCAGCGUCAUCCCCAUCGCCUCUGAAUCUCCCUCUUCAUCCUCGCCGUCGUCUCCCAAAUCAGCACUCUCAUCGCUGACGUCAGAAGAUGAUAGUCUGGCGAGUUUGAUGGGCGGGUUGAAGAUGCAGUCUGGGCCCGGUUUGGCUGGGGCGGGCGCAGGUGCAGCGGGCGCGAGGGGCGAUCCGUUAGGGACUCUUUGUGGCUUUUUGAGCCUGAGGGGAGGGUGUCGGCCUACACGGGUCUGAUCAACCCCAUCUCUCUCAACCCUACUCGACCUCGGCCUGAGGGUUCCAACAACAUCCAUCUGUACUUUUCCCAAGCAUUCACUUCAUCCUUCGCAUUUACACCAUUUCUCGGAAUUUGUUGAUAUCCCACCAUACCCUUCUCUUUUAAGUUUUACGUUUUCCGUCUUCUUUGUAUAUCUCGUAUAGUUUACCACCUACCCACUAUCACCCUCGACUCGAAUCGAUCCCCACAUAUCCCAUAUCCCAAACGCGCUUUUCGAUUAUACAAACCCAACCCAUACCUUCCCCACUCGCUCCCACGCUCUAUCUAGCUUGUGUGUCUUUCUAAUCAGAUCUAUAUAUCUAAACAAGUGGAUUCUCUUUUCUAUGUCUAGCUUCUUCCUCUUUCUCGCUGUUUUGAUUACUGGUAUCUGGGACAGUUUAUGUGAAUGAAAGAAGUUGGAACAGAAAAGGAAUGAAUAGGAAAUUCUAUCUCGAAAUGUGUACUCGCUCAGUCCAUACAUAUUGCAAAGUGGAAAUUGUACGAGAGAGCAGGGGCAUUGGCUUU